AUGGCUCGCCGACUGUGCCGUCUCUCUCGCCUCUUUCCCCUCGUCUCCCUCUCCCCCGCCUCCGCCGCCCCGAAGCUCCCCCACCUCCCCGUCGCCGUAAACCCUAGCCCCGCGCCCGUGCUCCCCUCCUCCUCCGCGUCGCCGUCUCCCGCGCUCCCCCGCCUCUUCUCCUCCUCCGCGGGCGGGUCAAGCAUGGUCGUCGUGGGCUCCGCGGACUCCUUCGCCAGCAUCCUCUCCAAGGUCCAAGAUGAGAAGUUACCGGCUGUGUUCUACUACACGGCGGUGUGGUGCGGACCGUGUAGGGCGAUUGCACCUUUAAUAUCAAAGCUGAGUGGCCAGUAUCCCAACAUACCGGUGUAUAAAGUUGACAUUGACAUGCAAGGGGUUGGAAUCAAGCUGGGGGAUCUGAAAGUGUACUCAGUGCCUACGUUCCAUUUCUAUCACAAGGGGCAGAAGACAAGUGAAGUUGUGGGUGCUGACCCCAAAAAACUUGAAGCAGCUAUGGAGAGUCUCCACAAGCAGCAGCAGUAGAAGCCCCAGAGAAGAGCCUCGGGCUAAGGGACUCUGUUUCCUUCACCUACCUUGCAUGAGGAAGCGUUGCGCACUUUUGGCCUCGUAUUUUCUUAUGUUUCAGUGUUAAGCUAAGUGUUUCGUGUGAAUACGGUGCCAACGUGGUUUGACUAGUGAGUUUUGGAUCUUCAGCUUAGGCAAAAUUAUCCAGAGCUCCGGGUGUUUCUCGUGUUUGGAUUGAGAGUGAAAUGGAGUGGGAAUAAGGAGGGCCUCAAUUUGUGCUCGUCAUAUGGGCUUUUCUUUA